AUGUAUUCCACACCAUCUGAAGGAGAUAUCGACAAGUCAUGGACAGAUAUUUUAGAGAGGGUCUAUUCUGAGGAUGAAUUUGAUUGGUACCACGAUUUGGAAACAGAUCUUCCAAUACAUUUAGGUGGCAUGUAUAACAUCUUUAAAGAGUUUAUUAGAAAUUCUCAAGACGGUUCAAUGUUAAGGGUAUUAGAAGAAGAGAGUAAGAGAGCUCCUAAUAAUCCAUAUAUUCCCUAUAUCAAACUGAUCGUCACUAAUGACAUCUCUUGUACUGAUCAAUGUUUGAAUAUCUUGGCAAAUGCUUACUCUCCUUCAAGAGUGGAAGAUUUGAAGCGUAUUGAAUUGUUCGAAAUUUUCAAGAAUAAGAAACCACACUUAAGAAUCAAGGAUUUCAAAUUUUUCCCUCAAUUACUGCCCAGAGUUAAAUAUCAAAGCCGCAAUGAAGCUCCUGAUAUAUUGGAUUCAACAGUGUUAUUAGAUCAAUUGGAGUACUAUUCAAGAAUACCAUCUCAUGUUGACCUUAUUGUUGUAAAGUUUUUGGUUCAUCUCAAAGCUGGACGAUUUGAAGAGGCCUUACAAAAUUAUCAAUUUCUCUCCUAUUUUGAAAAAUCAUUAACCAAUGAAUUGUUGUUCCUAACAACUAGGGCUGUUAGAGCAAUGCUUAUUUUGGGCUAUCACAUUGAGGCUAUUGAGCUAGUUGAAAAAUUUAAGGAUAAGUAUGGGGAUAAAUAUCCAGCUUGGGAAAAAUUACUGCAAGAACAAAAGAAUGUAGUAAAUAUAAAGAAAUAA